AUGGCUAACGCAGAUGCUACGAUGCCAGCCGACGACAAGAGACUUCAGGAGGAUGCAGACGUGCCAUCUCCAUCUAUGGUUUCAGCCACAGAAGCUCCUGCGCUGACCACCAUGGAAUGCGUGCUAACCAUCGGCUCGAUUGGCCUGGUGGUUCUUAUGGGCGCUUUGGAUUCUACCAUCGUGGCCACCAUCAAUCCAACCCUAGUUGCAGUAUUCAAAUCAGGCGGGGACAUUGGAUGGUAUGGUGCCGUCUUCCUCUUAGUAGUUGGAGCUACUUUGCCUUUCUUUGGCAAGCUGAUCACCAUCUUCCUGCCAAGAAAUGUUUUCCUGGCGUCCUUGACCAUCUUGGAGAUUGGGUGCUUGAUGUGCGCUCUUGCUCAAAAUUCGCCAACAUUCAUUGUUGGUCGAGCGAUCGCUGGACUCGGAUGUGCUGGCGUCCUUUCCGGCGGGUUAACCAUUACUGCGUUGAUUACGCCACUACGGUAUAGAGCCAUGUUCAUCGGCAUCAUUGGUGGCUUAGAAGGUGUUUCCAGUAUCAUAGGGCCCGUCAUUGGUGGUGUCCUCACGAAUACGAUAGGAUGGCGUUGGGGAUUUUGGAUCAACCUUCCCUGCGGCGGUCUCCUUUUCGGCGUCUUACUCCUUGCCUUUCGGAAGCCCAUCAGGACGCCAGGCAAUGAGACCAACGCAACAAAAUCACCGCUCGAAAAACUGCGUCAACUGGACUUUGCUGGAGGUUGCAUCAUAAUAGGUUCACUCACAUGCUUGCUUCUGGCUUUGCAAUGGGGAGGCGCUACGUAUCCAUGGGCUAGCGGUCGAAUCAUUGCGCUUUUCGUCAUUUUCUUCAUCUCCUUUGUCUUAUUCGCGAUUUGGGAAACUAGACUUGGUGAUGCAGCGUUGUUUCCAAUGCGCUUGCUGAAGAGGAAGGCCUUUGUGGCAUCCCUUUGGUUCGGCUUCUGCAUCUCCAGCGGCAUGUGGAUCAUCCUCUAUUAUCUUCCAGUAUGGUUUCAGGCGAUUAUGGGAGUGACGGCCGAGGGAUCUGGAGUCCGUGUCUUACCAAUGGUAAUAUCCGAAGUUUCCGUUGCGACCGUAGCGGCAGCGCUAGUUCCAGUCGUCGGGUAUUUGCCUCCCUUUGUCUUUUCAGCCACAACGCUGUCAUCCAUUGGCGCUGGUCUGUUGUCUUCGCUGCAUCCCGGCAGCUCCAGGGCUCAGUGGAUAGGAUACCAAGUGAUACUAGGUGCCGGCUACGGUAUCGGAAUUCAGCAAUCUCUCGUCAACGCCCAAGCGUCAGUAGAAGCAGCAGACGUUGGAUACGGGACAUCUGCCGUGCUCUUGGGCAACAUUCUCGGAGGCUCCAUUUUCAUUAGCAUCGCGCAAGCCGUCUUCCUUGGCGAGGUUCUGAAACUCGAGGGCCAGUUUUCCGGAGUGUCGCGUGAUACAUUGAUUAACGACUUUCGCUCGCUGCGAGAUGUUGUCUCGCCACUGGAUCUGGCAACAGCUUUGGAUGUCUACAACUCGGGUUUGCGAAAGGUAUUCCUGAUGGCGGCAGCGUUGUGCACACUAUCCGUAUUGGCCUGGCCCUUCAUUCCCUGGCGCUCGCUCAAGACCAAAGAGAAAAAGGAUCAAAAUGUGGAGAGCAUGACAGAAACAGUAGGAAGGGACGUCAAGAAUGAGAAGGAUGUUUCUUCGAGGGACUGACAGAUGCAAGCCAGGCGAAGGUGAACGUGAGCGAAGAGAAGGUGAAUGCGAGAGAAUAGAAUAUAUAGCAGACAUAUUUUGAAUUGAUAUUCUAGCG